UGUGACGUCAUAAGGCUGCGCGCACUCCCGCGUCUGUGAUUCGGCUGAAGAAAGAUAAACUGAGGUCCGUGUGAGACUUUUAUAAAGAUGGAGUUUAUUAAAGAGGAGAGAGAAGACGUGAAGAUUGAAGACACAUUCAGAGUCAAACAUGAAGAGACUGAGGAACAAACAAAGAUGGAGUUUAUUAAAGAGGAGAGAGAAGAUGUGAAGAUUGAAGACACAUUCAGAGUCAAACAUGAAGAGACUGAGGAACAAACAGACCUGAUGGCACUGAAAGAGGAGAGUCAAGGACUGAAUGAAACAGAAGAGAAAGAACAAAAUGAGAAACAUGAUUUCAAAACUGAAGAAAAAUCAAUUAGUUGUUCACAGACUGUAAAGACUCAGAAAAUACAAACAAAAACCCUUAAUUCCAACAUAAUUCACACUGGAGAGAAACCUUACACUUGCAAAAUGUGUGGAAAGAGAUUUACACAACAAAAAACCCUUAAUGUCCACAUGAGAAUUCACACUGGAGAGAAACCUUACACCUGCAAAAUGUGUGGAAAGUGUUUUACACAGAUAAAUCACCUUAAUGUCCACAAGAGAAUUCACAGUGAAGAGAAACCAUUCAUAUGCCCUCAUUGUGGAAAGAGAUUUAAACAGAGAAAUACCCUUAAUGUCCACAAGAGAAUUCACAGUGAAGAGAAAGCAUUCAUAUGCCCUCAUUGUGGAAAGAGAUUUAAACAGAAAAAUAUCCUUAAUGUUCACAUGAGAAUUCACACUGGAGAGAAACCUUACACCUGCAAAGUGUGUGGAAAGUGUUUUACACAUAAAAAUACCCUUAAUGUCCACAUGAAUAUUCACACUGGAAAUAAACCUUACACCUGUGAGCUGUGUGGAAAGUGUUUUACACAGAAAAAUACCCUUAAUGUCCACAUGAGAAUUCACACUGGAGAGAAACCUUACACUUGCAAAGUGUGUGGAAAGUGUUUUACUCUGAAAAGUCACCUUAAUGUCCACAAGAGAAUUCACAGUGAAGAGAAACCAUUCAUAUGCCCUCAUUGUGGAAAGAGAUUUAAACAGAUAAAUAGCCUUAAUGUCCACAUGAGAAUUCACACUGGAGAGAAACCUUACACCUGCAAAGUGUGUGGAAAGUGUUUUACUCUGAAAAAUCACCUUAAUGUCCACAAGAACAUUCACAGUGAAGAGAAACCAUUCAUAUGCCCUCAGUGUGGAAAGAGAUUUAAACAGAAAAAUACCCUUAAUGUCCACAAGAGAAUUCACACUGGAGAGAAACCUUACACCUGUGAGCUGUGUGGAAAGUGUUUUACACAGAAAAAUACCCUUAAUGUCCACAUGAGAAUUCACACUGGAGAGAAACCUUACACCUGCAAAGUGUGUGGAAAGUGUUUUACUCUGAAAAAUCACCUUGAUGUCCACAAGAGCAUUCACAGUGAAGAGAAACCAUUCAUAUGCCCUCAGUGUGGAAAGUGUUUUACAAAGAAAAAUACCCUUAAUGUCCACAUGAGAAUUCACAGUGAAGAGAAACCUUACACCUGCAAAAUGUGUGGAAAAUGUUUUACACGGAAAAAGACCCUUAAUUUCCACAAGAGAAUUCACAGUGAAGAGAAACCAUUCAUAUGCCCUCAGUGUGGAAAGAGAUUUACAAGGAAAAAUACCCUUAAUGUCCACAUGAGUAUUCACACUGGAGAGAAACCUUUUAUCUGCAAACUCUGUGGAAAGAAUUUCUCACAUAACAUUUACCUAAAGAAUCACAUGAGGAUUCACAACUAGAGAGAAUCCGUUCACAUGUGGUCAGUGUGGAUAGAGUUUCAGAUAUAAAGAAAGCCUUAAUAAUCACAUGAAGUUUCAUUCAAGAAAGAACAGUUAUAAAUGUCAUCAGUGUGAAAUGAGUUUCACAGAGAGGAAACAUCUUAAGAAUCAUGUUAAAAUUCACAUCUGAGAAAAGCCUUUCGUGUGCCAUCUCUGUGGAAAGAGAACUUUGCUCAACAGGAGGAAGCCUCAAGAAACACUUGAGAAUUUCGGCUGGUCUCCAUAUUUGGAAACCUAUAAUCCCAGUCAAACUCAGUCAGUCCAGCAUGGGAUGAACAUAGCAAAGAAAAUACUAUUUUGAAGAUGUUGAAGAAAGUUUGUACACAAAUUUGAGAUGUGGCUAACAGAGUUUAGCAGUGUGCUACAAAUGGAGAAAUUCUGAUGUGAAAUUGUAAACCGAAGAGAUUCUUACAGAUAUGGAAACCCUUUUAAAUAUCUUGAAGGUGAUAACUGAUUAUUAAUUUCAACACUCUAGACAAGGGAUAGGCAACGUUGGUUCUGGGUACCACUGUCCUGCAGAUUUUAGGUCCAACCCUAAUCAAACACACCUGAACAAGCUAAUUAAAGUCUACAAAGUUACAAGGGCUACAGGCAGGUGUUGGUUUUUUCAAGGUUUGAGGUAAACUCUGCAGGACAUCGUCACUCCAGGACCACAUUGCCUAUCCCUGAUCUGGACAUAUUCUCUGUGUGGUGUGACAGAGUAUGUCUAGUAAGGUUAUCAUGCAGCUAUUGAAUAAUUGGAUAAUAUUUUGUACUGAAAUUUUAUUUUAUAUAGCCCCCCUCCCAAUUUUAGAAAACAUUUGGGGCAUCAUAAAGAGGAAGAUGCGACAAAGAAGACCUAAGACAGUUGACAUCCAAAGCAAUUUGACCAAUAACAUGCAGGUAUUGUUCAUAAUUGACUGAUUGUGGGGCUGCGCGUGAGAAGGUGAGAACUACAAGGAACGAUCAAAGCGGUGCAAACGUGUUUGUUCUGUCGUUUGACUUGAAUCGUUGCUGCACACCAAUCAAAAAAAGACACCAAAGUAGGAUCGAGAGAGCGAAUCGAAAGCAUAAGGAGCGGUCUGCUCUGCUCUCUAUAGCUCAUGAAUGUCACACAACCUGGAUAUUUUAGGCAAAAUUAAAAUCCUGGCCGGGACGUGUCCCGUAUGAAUGGCGCAUGUGGCCACUCUGUUGAGUAUAGACUGCUUACCUGUGCUCCCACUUUCCAGUGAUCACUCCGGUGUAUUCUCCAAGUUCCUGUUUUCCCUGUCAUCCAGUUGUCAUCGUGUGUAUAAGUGCUCCAUGUGUGGUUGUAGCUCCAUGUAGCUUUGCUUUUCUGUUGAAUCUCCAUCUUACUAUCACUCUCUGUUGUCUAAAGUGAUCAAAUAUAAACUUAAUUCCCACCAUAUAUUCGAUAUUAUCUAUCAAACUAAUCUGACCAUUCGCUUUAAACUUUACAUUGCAAAUGCUUUGCGCAUACACCGCGUUAGCAUUCGUUAGCUUGUCAUUCACAUUUCCACUUGCGCUUCUAUUCACAUCUACUACCGUUUUCUUUUCUCUUGCUUCAUUUUUUUUAUCUCACACGCCAUUUUUCACAAGUUUAUCAAAAAACAUUGGUGAGUCCGAAUCAUUCUUCUUUCACGGUAAGUAAUGCAGGGUUUCCGCGGGGUUGUAAAAGGUAGUAAAAGUUAGUCAAUUAAAUGAUGCCAAAUUAAGGACAGUAAAAAGUAGUAAACAUCAUCUGACGAGGUAGUAAAUUUUCGAAGCCCCAUCUAACUGGGUCUAUAUCAUGGGUGUCCAAACCGCGGCCCGCAGUCCAGGUUUUAUUGGCCUGCAGCCAGGGUCCGAAAUUAACAAGCGCCAAGUGCGGUUAGAUUUUCCGUUUGGCGACAGUGAAGUGCUAGUUUCGCCGUCUGGUCUAUUUUUUGCGCGAGUCGCGAGCGAUCCGCAUCAAUCCCGGAAGGAAGUCACAACAAGAAACACGAGACAAUCCGGUCAAUUGUCAAAAUAUAAGCAAUUUUCAAAUUAAAAUACCGCGAGUGACAAAUGCGAUCACAGGUGUGAACAGGCCGCGCGUGAUUUUCCGUUCCGCGUCGCUUCGGCGUCCGGUUUGAAACCGGCUUAAUCUCAAAAGGCUAUCCGCCACACUGGCGGGUGAAUGUUCAUCAUACCAAAAUAGUAAUAAAAAGAUAUUACAAUUUCCUUUUGUAAUGUUAUGAUGCCUGGAAAUUAGUUCAAAUCUCCUGCAAAUCUAGAGCGCGAGCAAAAGCGCGCAUGCAAACUGUAGCGAGCGCACGGCAGAGCGUGAGAGACCUUGCAUGUGUGUGUGUGUGUGUGUCUCUCUCUCUCUCUCAUGCAGUGGUGAUGCGUAAACGGCACCUAAACAUUGUAAAAAAAAAA